UUCUAACACAAAAAGAAUACUCAAGGCAUACUACACACACAGCAUCUGAGGGGGAGAUCUAAAUUCAGCAAGAACAAACACGCUUUGGAAUUGUAUGUCUGAAUUUCUAAGCAGCCUGCUCUCCGCCCUGUGGGGUUAGCAUGCAGACAAGUUGAAAAGCUUGUUUCACAGCAAGGCAGCAGUGAAAGAGGUGGAAACUCCUACAUCUUACAGAGCCCAGGAAAUCUUUUCCUAAGGAACCUCAGUUACACAUUCCCAGUUAAACAACUUUGGAAACUGUGCAUUUAAAGUACUUCUCUGCUUUUUGACUUGCAGUUGAACAUAAAGCAGCAAGUUCUGUAUCAGCUUCAUUAACAACUGGGAAAACAAGAGCGUGGAAUUAAAUGUAAGGAUGACCUCAUCUGUUGCCUGUAAGCCUGUGUUUAUCAUCGCCCAGAACUGGAUGUGUGACUAUUGUGGCAUUUAGAAGAAAAGAAUGAUCUCCGGGUGAUUCCCAGAACAGUAUCUUCCUACUGCAACAUUCAUGUUUCAACUUGGAAGUUUUAAAGUAAAAUGGAAAACUUAUGAAAUCAUUCACAGACCAAAUUCAUCUGCAAGCUACCCAGAGAUUUUAAAGCAGUUACUGCAGAAGGGCUGCUAACAACGAAAGGAAUUCAACAUUGUAAAUUUAAAUUGCCAUUAUAAUGGUAAGCACUAAUUGUCCCACUGAGGACUCCUUUAAGUAUAUUUUAUACGGAUGUACGUUUAGCAUGGUGUUUGUCCUUGGUCUAAUAUCAAAUUGCGCUGCUAUAUACAUUUUUACAUUCACAUUAAAAAUGCGAAAUGAAACAACAACUUACAUGCUUAAUUUAGCAAUAUCUGAUCUGCUUUUUGUACUUACAUUACCCUUCAGGAUUUAUUACUUUGUAAGAAGAAACUGGCCAUUUGGAGAUAUACUUUGCAAGAUUUCUGUCACCAUGUUUUAUACAAACAUGUAUGGAAGCAUUUUAUUCUUAACUUGUAUAAGCAUAGAUCGCUUUUUAGCCAUAGUGCACCCAUUUUGGUCUAAGACUCUUAGAACCAAAAGAAAUGCAAAAAUUGUCUGUGUUGCAGUAUGGAUAACUGUACUAGCAGGAAGCAUGCCAGCAAGCUUUUUUCCGUCUACUGGCACUCGAAAUGACACUGGACAAAACACAUGUUUUGAAAACUUUCCUGAUACCACAUGGAAAACCUAUAUAUCAAGGAUUGUUAUCUUCAUUGAAAUUGUGGGAUUUUUUAUUCCACUAAUCUUAAAUGUGACCUGUUCUACAAUGGUUUUAAGGACUUUGAAUAAACCAGUUACUUUAAGUCGGAACAAGUUAAGCAAAAAGAAGGUACUCAAAAUGAUUUUUGUCCAUUUGGUGAUAUUCUGUUUCUGUUUUGUGCCAUAUAACGUUACCCUAAUACUUUAUUCUCUUAUGAGAACACAAAUAUGGAUUAAUUGUUCAUUAGUAACUGCUGUGAGGACUAUGUAUCCUAUCACUCUAUGCAUUGCAGUUUCAAAUUGUUGUUUUGACCCUAUAAUAUACUAUUUUACAUCAGACACUAUUCAAAACUCAAUAAAGAACAGAUCAGCUAGAACACGCAAUUCCAGAUUCUCUGAAAUUCAAGUUACUGAAAAUUUUAUUCAACACAGCCUCCAGACUUUAAAAGCUAAAAUAUUUGACAAUGAAUCUACAAUAUAAAUGGAGAGAAAAUACUGGGACUGAAAUGCACCUUUCUUCAGCUGUGAAAAUGUUUUCUUGUACACUGAAUAAACUUUCUUCACUUAGAAAACUGUUUACAUAAUGAUUAAAAUUAUGUCACAGAUACCAUGACCUAUUAUAGAGUCCCUCCUGUGUCUCCUUACAAUUUUGAACCACACAAAAACAAACUGAUUUGGAAACCGAAGUUGAUACUAACACAGCCCAAAAGUGUUUUACAAUUCAACAUAUUAUGAAGUUAGAAGACCAAGUCUUCACAUUGUUUGUGUUAACAGGUUAAAACACUUUAAAUUAAAAAAUUAAAUUGUGAAGACAUUAUUUUAGGCUGCAACUAUUUUGUUUACAUGCUGAUUUCUUAAGGUCUGGAUUCUUGAAAGCAUUGAUCAAGUUGUUGCAACUCUAGUGUCUGUUCCACAGGUUCCACACCCAUCAUGUUUUGUACGAUUUGUUGACAAAAGUUAAGCUAUUCCUUUGUAAAAACAAAUUUACAUACUUUUUAAUCCAUCUGUAAAGUUACUGAAACAAGAUUUGUCAGUUAUUUGAUAAGAAUAUUGCCGACAAAACAAACUCAAAGCUGUUCCUAAGAAACUAUAGCAAAUAAGACUAAAACAAAGACUAAAAUCUUUAAAUAAGUGUUCUGUUUGGGUUGUGUAAUUUAACUUCAAAAGUGCUGCUUUGCUAUUGAAAAAACAUCGAGUAUUCCCUCACAUGAACAAAGAUAUCCUGGGUGACAUAUUAAAUAUUCUUUUCCAAGACGACAAGAAAUGGCAGUUAGCUGUUUAUUGUAAAGUACCCUCUCCUAGAUGUUCUGUAGGUCACAUAAGCACCAUAAUUUUGUUGUCUAGGUUUUUAAAUGUGUCUUGUACAUUUAGAGAUAAUAAAAAUAUUUAUUUGAGAUGCCUGAAAACUGCUGCAAUAAAUCCAGGAAUUUUUAAGAAUUAAGAGCUUAUAUGAAGCAAGAUGCAACUUUGUUUAAAAGUGCAAUGUGUUUCAUACAUUCUUCAGAAGCUGGAGCAUUGUGCAUAUUUUGCUCAGAAUUUACCUUUACUGUAAAAUAAUAAAUAUUUAGAAAGUUAAGGAAGUGUCAAGUGGUGGUUCUCCCAAAGAUGAUAAAGUCUGGAAUAAAAAUUGAACU